GUACAUACCCUAUAUUGCCAAAAGUAUUGGGACACCCCUUCAAAUCAUUGGAUUCAGGUGUUCCAAUCACCUCCAUGGCCACAUGUGUGUAAAAUCAAGCACCUGGGCAUGCACACUACUUCUACAAACAUUUGUGAAAGAAUGGGUCGCUCUCAGGAGCUCAGUGAAUUCAAGCGUGGUACCAUGAUAGGUUGCCACCACUGCAAUAAGUCCAUCUGUGAAACGUCCUUGCUACUAAAUAUUUCACAGUCAACCGUUAGGGGUAUUAUAACAAACUAGAAGCAACUGGAAACAACAGCAACUCAGCCACGAAGUGGUAGGUCACGUAAAAUGACAGAGCAGGGUUAGAGCAUGAAGUGCACAGAAGUCCCCAACUGUCUGCAGACCCUUAGUUCCAGACUCUUAAAACGUUAGCAUGCCAAAACAUUUUGGACAAUUUUAUG